AUGGAAGCGCAGGCGCAGGCGCAGGCGGGGACGCAGGCGCAGUACGAGAAACGCUACUGGCUGGGUGUGGGCCUCUUUGCCAGAUUCAGCCACAACAUGACAGCUUCCUCGAUAAGGAAAAUAAUGGUUUUUGCUGUGAAGCCUCUCCUACAUCUGAUUCCGACACCCCGAGCGCUCUCCACGAUCCUGCAGGAUUCCUUGCGAGUUCCAAUCGCAGCAGGUUUGAGGCCCAGCACACCGAUGGCCUCACCUCUCCCCUGCCCGCCCCUGCCCUACCUGCAGCCUAGUCUGGGGUUCAAGACCAAGGGCGUCAUCAAGAAGCGUUGCAAGGACUGUUACAAGGUGAAGAGGCGUGGGCGGUGGUUCAUCUACUGCAAAACGAACCCAAGGCACAAGCAGCGACAGAUGUAG